AUGCAUCAUCUGAUCCGAUUCAGUGGCAACAAGAAUCCAUAACCCUCGCUUGGGACUCUUGUUUGUAGUAAUGACCGUGUGGAUAGUUCUACAAUCCAAAGAUUAACUUCUGAUUUGGAGCAAGAAGCGAAGGGUUCAGCUCUACAAUCCAAGUGCAGAGUGCUUGAGAGUUGCCUUUACCUUUUCUCGGGACUUACGUUGUGAACUCCAUUAGCAGUACAGGUUUUAAGUCAUGGCUUCUUCUGUGGAAGUGCUGAAUGUCGGGACGAGAGAAAGCCAACUUGCUAUGGUGCAGACGAAGCAUAUUGUUGAGCACCUGCGCAAAUCUCAUUCGAAUGUCGAAUUCAACAUUAUAGGCAUUUCCACGAAGGGUGACAAAGUCCUGGACAAACCUCUAGCCAAGAUUGGUGACAAGGGACUCUUUACAAAGGAAUUGGAGGUAGCACUGGCGGAUGGUCGUGUUGACUUGGUUGUACACUCGCUGAAAGACCUUCCAUCGUCUAUGCCAGAGGGGAUGCUGAUUGGAUGCAUAUUCAAGAGAGAGGACCGGAGAGAUGCCUUAGUUAUGUCGCAGCAGAAUGUGGACGCGGGCAUCAAAUCUUUACAGGAUCUGCCGGAAGGUUCCAUUGUGGGUACAAGCUCGUUGCGGCGUAUUGCUCAGCUCUCGUUGAUGGCGCACGGUCGGUUUCGCUGCGACGACGUUCGCGGAAACCUGAACACGCGACUGAGAAAGCUUGAUGCCGACGAUGGUCGCUACGAUGCACUGGUACUGGCUGCAGCAGGCAUGGAGCGUCUUGGCUGGCAUGAUCGUGUGACAGCAAGGUUCGCUCCCGAGGAGAUGCUGUACGCGACUGGUCAAGGUGCUCUGGCAAUUGAGGUGCGGCAGGCCGAUACCACCGUUCUGCCUUUAGUGGAGGCGUUGAUGGACAGAACAACUCUCCUGGAAUGCUUGGCCGAGCGUUCGUUCCUGAAGACGCUGGGUGGAGGGUGCAGCGUUCCUAUCGGUGUGAGCUGUCAGGUGGCGUCGCAUGGCAACGGCAAGGAGUCUCUCACCAUGACGGGAACAGUGUUUUCUUUGGACGGAUCCCGGUCGGUGGCGGACACUCGCACUGCGGAGUGGUCUGCAGAGAGUGGAGGUGGAGAUGAAACACUCCGCGCUGUAAUCACCGGCGUUCACGUCCCCGGCAAGUGGCAGCACGCGGCAAACCAGGUAGCUGCGCUCGGGGAGAGAAUAGCCAAUUCACUUCUGGAGCGCAAUGCCGGCCCACUGCUCGAGGAAGCGCGUAGUGCCAUUGCAGCCAGCGUAGCUAACCCAUGAACUCCGUCAGAAGCCGCCUAACAAUAGCAAUCCGCCUGUCCGUGCAAAACUUUCAACACUCUGUCGUUUCUAUCUGCCCUCCAGAAUUAUUUCCAGGGCCACUCUGGCCAUAACAUUUUAACCAUGUUGCAUGUGACACCAUGCACAAUGUGCUCGUGGCACCUCCAAGGUACUCUCUUUGCAAACUGGAGUUGGGGAUAUUGAGUCGACACCGUUACGCCGCAUCCUCACUGUUAUUUGGAUUAAUUUGUAAAUCAAUGUCUGCAGUAUGGCCCAUCGAAAGGAGUAUGCUGAGUUAUAGACAAAGCUUGUCGAGGGAAAGACACGAGUGGCGCUCACACCAUUUUCUGUGCACACCGUCCGACUUAUUUUUCGCAGCUAUCAUCUCUUGAUUGCACCGUUUUCUCUCAUAUUCUCAUGUCAAAAUGAUCAGAGCGUGAUAUGUUCGCCUUGAUCUUCAGGUCUUUGGAUUGUUCAUUGCUGGCAUGACAGCACAAAGUACUGGUAGAGCUGGUUAGUGUCUUGUCUUUGUAGAACAUGGCCUUUAAUUUAAACUGAGUGUCCUGUUGGUAAUGAUACCGUAUGCACAAGUAUCAUACUGUAGCUACACUGUACAUGUAUACUCUGAUUGAACGGUCGUGCAAUCAGACCUGUGCAUAUUAUGCAUGUAUUAUGUUUAGUUGUCCGGUUGGAUGUUUCCGGUUUGUGUCCAGUUCACCGUUGUAUCCCGUGUGCGAACUGGUCCUCAAACGUCUUCGCAUCUUCACGAUA